AUGCAACUGGCUGUCCGAAAGCGGCUGGGAACGCGCUCUACAUUGUCCCUACUCAGCUCUUUGCUUGCUGCUUCAACUACGCUAGACCAAUUGCAUUUGAAUGAGAUAUGCUUAAGAUGCGCGAUACAUAGCUCUAGAGCCUAUGGGAACAAACCUUAUGUGACAAAUCUACCCAAGCAUAGCAAAAUCACAGUCCUUAACGGAACCCGGCGACGAAGUCAAGAUGCAAAGCUGUACGGCCGUAGUCGUCCCACCACAACUCACGCAAAGCCAUACGGACAUUCCCUUAGUUUCCAGCGAUACCUCAAUAUAGAUUCGGUCAUGAAAGCCUCCUUGACAACCUCAAAGGAAGAGAAGACACCUGCCGCGACCUCCCGGCUCUCAAAUUAUUUGCACGACUCAGAUGCUUUUCGUUCCGGAGAUUGGCGGUUGGAUCCCGAAAGGAUCAAGUUUGAAUCGGACGUUGGCCACUCUAGAGAUAUUGGAACCAAAUUGGUUGACAGUCCCCCCUUUGCCAAUGAUUUUACGCUCUGGAAGCACUUGCUCCUUUAUCGCAAACGACACUAUGGAGACGAUGGCGUGGUAGAUAUCUGGAAGGGCUUAAGGGAAAGAGGACAACCAAUCGACUUACCUGUGGAAGGAGAAUAUGCUUCGCUCUUCUGGAGAAACUUUAUCAUAGUUGGCUGGAAACGCAAUGAUUUUUUGACUGAAGUAUACUCCUAUGCCUGCGAACUUUAUGAGCGAUCUGGGAAGGCUUGGGAUAGAGAGAAAUUUUACAAGUCUGUUGUGCUCGGGUUAUUCAAAGCGGGCAAAUUUUCCAGGGGAGUCCAAUGGCACGAGAAACUAAAAGACACUCACUUGUCAAACCCAAAUGCUAUGUUAUUGCUACUAUUUGAACCCGCGGUUUCAAUCGAUGGUGGUUUAAGAGCAUUAAGGAAGGUAUGCAGAACAGUUGAUAAUCACCAGAUAUACUGCCAUACUGUGCCAUUUCUCGUGAAGGCUGGAAGACUAGCCGAUGCUCUUGCAAUGCAUAAUUUCCUCAUAGAACGGAACGAUUUGCCCCAAUCAGCACAAGAUAUCUCGCCUUUAAUACAACAUCUACGACAUUUUGGCUCGAAGCCGGAAAUAGAAUUGUUCCUAGCCAAUUUAAAGUUGAAAGGCCUGUUCCAAAACGAUAUAUCAAUAAUAACUCUCAGCCCAACGAGCGGGAAUCGAACGAGUAUAAAUGUCCCUCCGGAAGUUAAACAAAAAGAGACGAACGCUGUCAACGACAAGCUCGGUGCCCGCUUGUUCGCUACGAAGACGUUUACGUUUGAUCUUAUCCUUGCCGGCGUCAAGGCAUUUGGCGCUACCGCUAUCAGGCCGCAAACCCUGAGACAGAUGGCUUUGAAGGCUGGAGGCGCGAAAAAACUACGUGAACAGAUCGAUAUUUUGAAGAAAGAAGGGAUUUCAAUCGGAAACUCGGCGUUUUCGAGGGUUGUCCAGAAACUAGCCUCUGAAGGAAAUGACUUCAUAUUGUAUGAACUUUUGCAGAGCAAUCUGCACCCGGAUGUUCUGGAGGACCUGGAAACCGUGGAGUGGCUCUUUAAUUCCUCUUCUGUCGCUGGUGAGAUGGGACGGGCUCGUAUGCUCUUCAAAGCCCUGUCCAUCUUGUCUACUGAGGACCCUCUUCACUAUAACAUCCUCCUCCGUAAUGCAGCACACAUGAGGGAUUGGCAAAAAAUACCCCGCAUGCUGGACCAAAUGAGGCAACAUGACAUUUCCCCGGCAAAUUAUUCUCUAUAUGUUAUGGUCAAGAAGAUACUGCCCCAACGGAGGCCGGGAACACAGGAACCUCGCAAUCCGGAGAAUUCUCGUGCAAUCACGUUUUUGAUUGGCACAUUGCAAAAUAUGGUGAGCACUGGGAUGGAGGUUCCACCACGUUGUUGGAGGGAAGUGUUGAAACGACUUGGCAUGAGCGGUGACUGGCAAGAGUUUAGGAAAUUGUGCCUCUGGCUAACACAUUUUUACUCGCCAAUCAAUCCCAAGCGCUUUGCGUCAACUUUUGACGCUGACGCUGCCUCAGCUGAUUGCCCUACCUCCAAUGUGGACCAUGGGAAGUUCCUGCCAGCUGCACAUCCGAAUGCUCCCUUCCGCCAGCUUUUUUCUGUGCACUUACAAUAUGCCAUAAUCGCGUGGGGUUUUAACCUUCCGCCCAACACCAGGGAAAUAUAUUACAAUCCGUUCAGCACGGAGCGCGAGAAAAUCAUACCCUGGAUACGAGGGCACGUCCUCUUGCGUGAGCUGAAACUAAAGGGGGUGAUCGUGCAAAUGAACACGGUUCGCCGGGCAACUCGACAUCGACUCGCUGUGCUAUUUGGUGAGUACCGAGUUUCCAACCGCCCGAAAAACCGCAUGUUGCGUUCUACGAAUCCAUGGACCCUUGAAGAGAUAUUGGAAGAUAUAAAUAAUGUGUGGGAAUUGCCGUUGUUUGGGUACUUGGCGCAAGAGGAUAUGUAUGACCUCGUGAACCCCAAAACUCGCACCCCAGGCCAAGAGAAUGAGGAAGGCAGGUCGUCAGAGAGGUCGGAUUAUCCACGUGUAUCGAGGCAAAGGACAUAUAGAGAAGAAAGAGUGAAGGCGGAAAAACAGCUUCACAAUGAUUAUGGUGAUUACUAG